CACUUUCCACACCAUCCAUGGCGUGCACCAUCGACUUUCGGUGCCUCGACGAGGGUUUCGGCGGCAAAACCUACAAGCGCAAGAGGGAGCAACAAGCCCAACCACACCACGAAGCCGAUGACGUCAUCAACGACAACGGUGCCACUUCCAUGGUCACCGACGACGCUCUCCCUCCGCCGGCGAAGCGAUCGGCGCUACCUUCGUCGGAUAACCCGGACAAGCCGACGUUCGGGAGGCCGAGCUACGACGGCGUGAUUGCCGGAAGGGUGUCCGGUCGGAAGUGGAAGCAGGCUCGGCAGCGGAGAGCGUCGGCGGUUCAGGUGAGUCGGAAGGGAACGACGUUUGAGGAGAGAGAGCGGCAGAAGAUGAUAAAGAAGGCGUAUAAGGAGAGGAUGAUGGAGUUGAAGGAGGAGAUUCGGUUGAACAAGGUUGAGAAGCGUAAGAAGAGAGAGGAGAGAGAGAAGAGGAAGCAGGAGAAUAUUAUCAGGUCUGGCACCAAGUUCCAGAAGAUUACAAACCCUAAUACUUUGAAGAAGAUCGCUAAGUCUAAGCAGAGGAAGCAGCUUAGAGUUGUUCCUGAUGAUUUGCUUAAGAAAUAGGAUGUUCUUUUUUUAAUUUGAGUUUUUAUAUAUUAUUGCUCUUUUUGAUGGAAAAUUUUGGGUGUUUAAUGAAAAGUUUUGUAAUAUUUAGAUUUUUACUUAUGGUUGGAACACAAGUUCUGUGAUGAUUUUUAAUUGUUAAUUUGAAGCUCUAUGGUUCUAAUAAGUAAGUUAGAAUUGAUAGAUAGUCACGCAAUUUCCGAAUUGGACCUUACAAAUUAGAUUGUGGUGAUUCAGAAUGUGAAAAUGCAUUAAGAAACACACAAUUCAGCCAUGGUAGUCCUUUUCUGAAAUUCAUGUUUAGUAUUUGACUCACAAUUGCAAUGUUUUUGGAAUUUCUGUGAAAUUUUCAAGAAUGAAUCUGGAGUUUACUUCAAAAGUUUCGACUUUCAUGGGUUCCAAAUCAGGUUACAGGAAAACUUCCCAAAUUGUCUUCUACUUUUGCGAAAAGGAACGUGAGAAAAGAGAAUCAUAAAAUUUGUCCCAGUGACCAUUUUGUGAGAGAAUUUAUUGCAUCUGAAGAAUAAUAUAUAUCUUUGCCUGGCCUGUUGAAGAUUGGUAUAAA